GGAAAAUGGCGGCGCUGCGGCGGCUGUUUCUAACGACUCCUCAAACAAGCCUGGUUGCUGUCAGAUGUGCUUCCAAGAAAACUGGGGGCAGCUCAAAAAACUUAGGUGGCCGCAGCCCUGGGAAGCGCUAUGGAUUCAAAAAAGUAGAAGGUGCAUUCGUGCAUGCAGGCAACACUUUGGCUACGCAGCGGUUGAUACGCUGGCAUCCAGGGGCUCAUGUGGGGAUGGGCCGUAACAAGACACUCUACGCCCUGGAGGAUGGGAUUGUGAGAUACACCAAAGAGGUCUACGUACCUCCUCCCCGCAGCACUGAGAGCAGAGAAGUGAUCUGUCGUCUACCCAAAGGAGCAAUUCUUUAUAAAACCUUUAUCAAUGUUAUCCCUACCACAGAAGUAGGAAGCUUUAAACUGGUCACCAUGCUCUGAGUCUCCUGCGUCACGUAGGGAUGGAUGGGAAGGACCAGCUGGGACAGACCACUCCAGCUGGACUGGCAUCUGAGGACAAGAGUAUUCUAGCUCUGAAGAUACCAGUUUAGAACUUUGUUUUCUUGCUCCUGAAGCACACGUGGUCAGUGUUCAGGCACUGGGAUCACCUGCUGGCAUUUGUAAGAGUGUUUAAUAAAUGCUGUGGGGCUGUUGAAGGUA